AUGGCCUCAACAAAGCUUCCCGCCAAACCCCUCGGCCGCAACGGCCCUCUCGUUCCAAGAUUGGGCUUCGGAGGCAUGGGCCUCAGCGUAUCUUAUGGAUUUGGAGGCUCAGACGAAGAACGCUUCAAGGUUCUAGACCGCGCCCACGAGCUGGGCAACACGUUCUGGGAUACAGCAGACGUCUACGGCGACAACGAGGACUUGAUUGGCAAAUGGUUGAAGCGUACGGGAAAGCGUGACGACAUCUUCCUUGCCACGAAAUGUGGCGGCAUUCUUGAUGCUGGGGGCUUUUCCAUUCGUUCGGAUCCGGAAUACGUGCGGCAGGCUUGUGACAAGUCACUCCAAAGACUCGGUGUUUCUCACAUUGAUCUGUACUACAUGCAUCGGCUUGAUAAGGAGGUGCCUGUUGAGCUUACGAUCAAGGCUCUAGUAGAGUUGAAAAACCAAGGAAAAAUCCGGCACCUGGGUCUCUCCGAAAUCUCAGCGGCCACCCUCCGCCGCGCCCACGCCAUCCAUCCAAUCACCGCCAUCCAAGUCGAAUACAGCCCCUUCGCCGUCGACAUCGAGAAGCCCGAGAUUGAUCUCCUGCGCACGGCCAGAGAGCUCGGCGUUGCGAUUGUCGCUUACAGCCCCCUGGGACGGGGCAUGCUGACGGGGCAGAUCAAGUCCCCAGACGAUUUUGCCGACGAUGACUUCCGCAAGAUCAUACCUCGUUUCUCCAAGGAGAACUUUCCCAAGAAUCUGGCGCUGGCCGACAAGAUUGGGAGGAUUGCUGCUAGCAAGGGCGUAACACCGGGACAGUUGACCCUGGCGUGGUUGCUGGCACAGGGCGACGACAUCUUUCCAAUUCCUGGUACGAAGAAGGUCAAGUACCUCGAAGAGAACUUGGGAGCUAUCAAUGUCACUCUUACAAAGGAGGAAGAGGCAGAGAUUCGGAAGGCAGUUGAUGAGACGGAAGUUACUGGAGGCCGAUACCCUGACGCUAUGGCAGGUCAGUUAUAUGUCGAUACCGUGGAACUCAAGAGCAACUAA